AGCGUGCGACCGGCCAAUCAGAUUUGACUCGAGCCCUUCGUCACAGCCAAUCGGCUGAGGAUCUGCUCUUCUCGAAAACAUGUCACCCAUGAAGCUGUGUGUUCCAGGUGACAAGCUAUGCAGCGUAGAAGACUGUAUUCCCGGCACAGGAGUAUAUCUUCGGCACGGCUACAUUUACUCUUCCCUAGCAGGCUACGUGCUCAAGAAAAACGAGGGAGAGGAGUUACCAGUGAUCUCAGUGGUCAGAGAAACAGAAACGCAACUACUACCCGAUGUAGGAGCAAUCGUCACCUGUAAGGUGACCAGUAUCAACCCCAGGUUCGCAAAGGUCCACAUCCUUUAUGUAGGCUCAACACCGCUGAAGGACCGCUUCAGAGGAACAAUCAGAAAAGAAGAUGUGCGUGCAACAGAGAAAGACAAGGUGGAAAUAUACAAAAGCUUCAGACCUGGCGACAUCGUCUUGGCGAAAGUGAUUUCCCUCGGUGACGUGCAGUCUAACUACCUGUUGACAACAGCAGAGAAUGAACUGGGUGUGGUGGUGGCACACAGUGAAGCAGGUGUCCAGAUGGUUCCCAUCAGCUGGUGUGAGAUGCAGUGCCCACGGACGCACAGCAAAGAGUUUCGCAAAGUGGCCCGCGUGCAGCCGGAGUACCUGCAGGCAUGAGACAACUUCUAUCUUUCACAAGGAACACACAGCUUCCCCUCCAUCUUUCACUCACUGUCAUCAAGUAGCCUCCCAACUCUUGUUUCAGAUGUGUUCUGAGAGACUAGACGACGAGCAUAUUGUUGGCUACCUCUGCUUUCAUGUCUCUUUUAAAUAGCUCUCCCUCUGCACAUUGUGUCAUCAUCUGAUUGUGCCAGCUUGAAAAUACUGAAACCGGGUCAGACCAAACUGUCAGCACAUAUUCUAAACAAUUUCGCAACAAUGUUUAAUCAAAGUGAGUGAAUGUGCCAACAACUUGGCUUUUUGAAGUUGCCUUUCAAUUGCCUGACGGCAACCUGAUUAGAACUGUCUGACUCCGUUCACUCAGGAUGUUACAUGGCAGCUGCCGAGCUUUCUAAGCUGAAAGCAUAGAAGAAUUUUGCACCUAGUCAAAAAAGGCCUUUUUCACAGAUGCAGGAUACACUCAAGUUUUGCUAUUAAGUAUAAUGGCCUUAUCAUUAUUACCUGAAGGAUGAAGCAGUUGUUGCAUGUUGCUGGAUGCAUAAACACCCAGACUGCAUUUUGUAACCAGAGAGAUUUAAAGGGCAGUGGCUGUAGUAUUGGUUUGAGAUAAUGAGGACUCGACCAGAAAUGCUGCACUUUAAACUUCUUAUGCAUGUCAUGUAUGCAACAAAUUUUUUUUUUUGUCCAUAAAAGUGAUAAAACGAUCUCCUCGGGCUCUUUUGUCCUUACUCCUUUCCGACCCUUCCAGUUUCAAGAAAA